CAACAUUAGGUCCGCCCGCUGUGGCACGCCUCAACUGCAGCAGUCGGGCGGUUUUAAACUGUUUGUAGAAGUAGUGUUUUCCUGGUUUCCAAAUGGGAAAGUUAGGAUUCUUUGCACUUAUAGUAGCUGCCUUAGCGGCGCUGUUAGGAGAGAGGAUUGUCAACUUACGGAAAAGAACCCUCGCCUCCAGGGAGCUGGUCAAGAUUCACCUCCCUAACUGUGUUGCACUCAAAAACCUGGAUUAUGGCUCGGAGGAUAUAACGAUCAUUGGAGAUGGGCUUGCCUUGAUCAGCACUGGUCUGAAGUAUCCUGGCAUGCCAUCCUCUGAUGUGCCAGGGAAGAUCUUCUCAAUUGAUCUACAAGAUUCCCGGAUGAAACCAGUUGAGCUGCGCAUGCCAAGAAACUUUGACCUGGACUCAUUCAACCCUCAUGGCAUCAGUGUAUACACAGAUCCAAACGAUGACACAGUAUACCUGUUUGUUGUCAGUCAUCCUCAACACAAAAGCCAGGUUGAGGUCUUCACGUUUGUUGAGGAUGACCACUCCUUGGUGCAUCUGAAAACUAUUAAACAUGAACUUCUCUACAGUUUAAACGAUAUUGUUGCAGUGGGCGUGGAUACCUUCUAUGCAACCAAUGAUCACUACUUUUCCCACGAGCUCUUUAAAGGUUUGGUGGAGCCUGUUCUGGCUCAGCCUUGGUCUAACGUUGUAUACUACAGUCCCAAGGAGGUGAAAGUCGUCUCCGAGGGAUACUACAUGGCAAAUGGCAUCAAUAUCUCACCAGACAAAAGGUAUAUAUAUGUGGCAGAUCUCUUUGACCACAAUGUGCACGUGCUGGAGAGGAAAGAGGACAACACACUGUCCUCUGUGAAGUCCGUGGCUUUGGGUUCACUCUGUGACAACAUUGAAGUUGACCCUGAAACAGGUGACCUGUGGUUAGGCUGUCACCCUAAUGGAUGGAAAGCUUUCAUGUAUGACCCCAACGACCCACCUGGAUCAGAGGUUAUCCAGGUCCAGAAGAUUCAUUCUGAUCAGCCAGUGGUGACUCAGGUGUACGCUGACGACGGUCAUGUGAUCAUGGGUUCCUCUGUAGCAGCUACCUAUGGGGGAAAGCUGCUCAUUGGUACUGUGUUCCAUAAAGCCUUGGUCUGUGAUCUGAAGUAGGCAGUGCCUGUUUAAGGAUGAUGAUGAUGAUUCUCAGCAAUCAGAAAAAUUUGAUGAACCUCAACUAAGAAUAAAAAAAAAAGAUUUA